AUGUCUGGAGACAAGAUACCGACUGUGCAUUCUCUCGAGAAGCCGGAGAAGCUUGAGAACAUUCUGCGCCAGGACCGAGGCGAUGACUGUUUGCCUUGCAAAGUUGUCGGCAGCGGUGCAUUUUUCGGUCUAGGAGCCUACAGCUACUUUUCUGGCAUGUCACAGCUUGAUAAGCAAAGGGACCUGAUUCUACGGAGCAAAUCACCUUUUGGCAUGAGAAGUCGCAAAUUCGGCAUCACCUCUAUUUCGCUUGCUCUUGUAUGGAUGGGAAUCUGGAGAGCGUUCAAAUAA